GCCUACGCCAUAAAUGACGCAAGUUGGUAAAAGCUAGUCGAGUCUUCUGUAUCCGUGCUGAGAUUUCGUCACACAUCAGACCACAAAAGCUGAUGGGACUCCCAAAAUAAGUAAAGCGAUCGACACGUUCAACUACUUCACUCCCUAUAAUUAAUUCGGGUGUCGAUACAACCCAAUCCUGAAGCAACGUUUUGCAUUUCGAGGGCGAGAAUCGCAUCCUGAACAUGCCUGUAUUGUUGCUUAGAGUGGUCAGAAGACUGCAUUUUGUCAGCGUCUUCACCAAAUAAAACGAUGUCAUCAGCAUAUUCUAAGUCAACAAGUGAAUCUCUCGGUGCAAGUUGAACCCCUGGAAAGUCAGAUGUGAAAAUUGUUAUCUCUAAAAGCACGUCAAGGACAAAGUUAAACAAGAAUGGAAAGAGUGGAUAGCCCUGACGAACACCACUUGAGGUAAUCAGUUCGCCAUAAGCCCUCACUCGAUCAGAUAUGUUCGAGAAAAGAACCUGUAUAAGGUUAGUGUACUUCUUUGGUACUAAUUUCAGUGACAAACACUGCCAUAGAACCUCACGAUCAACAGGGUCGAAUGCUGCCUUAAGGUCGAGAAAUACUAUGAUUGUGGGGCGUCUGGAUGUGUGUCUAUGUUCCAGGACCUGACGUAGUGUGAAUAUCUGGUCUAUACAACCACGUCCAGAUCGGAAACCAGCCUGGUUUUCUCUAGUCUGUUCUUCACGAGCUUUAGUUAGGCGGCGAAGAAUUAUUGAAGCUAAUAUUUUAGACACUAUAUUAGUCAAACUGAUUCCUGUGUGAUUGUCGCAAGAGGACUUUUGUCCUUUCUUACUGACUGGCGCAAUCAAUGAUUGAGACCAGUCAGAUGGGAUUACGUCCAGUUCCCAAAUUCUACCUAAGACCUCAGUCAAUCUCGCUGCUAAUACUGAACCACCAUCCUUAAAACUCUCAAAAGUAAACCUGUCAGGACCCGCUGCUAUCCCACGCUUCAGAUUUCCUAUAAAUUUCUCAACUUAGUAAAGGGUUGGAGGACUUACAUCAACUUGCCAUUCAGGUUGACUGGAGAUCGUGGGAAACCGAAGUGUGGCUGGAGGCCAGUUGAACUGAUCCCUGAAGUGUUCUGCCCAUCGAUCCAAUCUCCUGGAUUGAUAAUGUAUAAUAUGUCCAUCUUUUUUCUAGAUAGUUUCGCUAACAGUCGGGCUCCUAAUGUGGUGCGUGCUACUUAUAUUGAUAUAAGUAGUAUAUAACGUGAGUCAAAAGUACGUAAUGUCUGGCAGCAGAAGACGGAGAAGAUCAAGAAAAGAAGAGCGAGAAAACAAUGGAAUUUGUUAGAAACUGCAUGAGCAAUGAAAUGCGAGACAAUGGAUUGAUGUUUGCAGCAGCAACAGCCCGGUUUGAUAUGAUAGAAUGAUAUUUUGCAAAUUAACGAUUUACCAUAUGGUUUUUCUAUUUUACCAAGUAAUUCUGUAAUUUGUCCUAAAUACAAUUUGGCUGUCCUCACCCGUGUUCUUCUUCACUACAUUUGGUGUCGCUGCCUCCACUAAGGAUGAAGAUUCCAUGGCCGAAGGAGUUUGAGGACGGAGAUGUGCUGAGCUUCAUGAAGGAGUUUGAGGCCGUGGCGGAGCUGGUGGGAGUGAAGGAGCCGAAGGCGAAGUUGGUGGUGCUGGGGACGCUGCUGAGAGGCAGGGCGAAGGCUGUGUAUGACAGCCUGGACGGUGCUGGCGGGAAGACCACAUGGGAGGCAGUCACGGAGCGGUUGACGGCGGAGUUCGACAGCCCAAUGGACAGAGGGGACGCGCUGCAGAAGUUCCGGUUGGCGAGGUUGCCAGUCGAUGGGGACCCACUGGCGCUGGCUGUGGAGCUUACCAGGUUGUUACGCCGUGCGUUGCCGAGUCUGGAUGAGGAGUCGGAGGCACAGUUGUUGGCGUCACAGUUUAUCGAGAGUGUGCCUGCCACCGUCUCCCAACAGCUGAAACUGGUGAACGCAGCGCAACCGAUGGAUAUCAGUGAACUGGCGAAGGUGACUCGUCAGCUGAUGACGCGAACAGUAGCUCCGGUCGGGUGCGGAAAGCAGGAGAUGAGUAAUGUCGAGAAGAAGAUUGAGGAAGAUUGAGGAGCUGGAGCGCGAGGUCGCAGCAAUACGAGUGAACAAUAAAAGGAACGAUAAAUGUUACGCUUGUGGAGGGACAGGACAUUGGAAGAUAAACUGUCCAACAAGACGAAGACGCAGAUAUGUUAGACGUUACAACGAGUGUUCUUUCUAUCCUAGGAAUCUGGGGAUUGUUGCGUUAGUAGACAGAGGGGCAGUAUAUACGAGAGUGAACAUAAAUGAGCGAGAUUUAGUUUGUCUGAUCGAUACAGGUGCAGCAGUAUCGUUAAUAGGCAAAGAGCAAUGUAAGAGAAUCAAGCCGUGUACAUUAGCUGUCCACACGAUAGGGGGCCAUAUGUUAGAGGUGUUUGGCGUAUCUAACAGUAUCGUAAAAGUGGGGGAUGCGGAGAUAAAUUUUCCGUUCGUCGUAACCACAAGCUUAUCGAGACCGAUAUUAGGAGCAGAUUUCCUAAGAGAAGUAAAAGCGAUAGUUGACUUAAGAAGCGGUAAGGUGGUCACGAAAUAUGGUUCAUUGACAAUACACGAAAGUAGCGAAGUGGCUGAAAUAAGAGUUGCAGCGGAUGUCUCGUCAAAGAAACCAAACAUUCACGAGUUAUGCAAAAAGUAUGCGAAACUAUUCACUGGAGAUGGGGAGCCGUAUGGAUUUUGUGACAGAGUAAAGCACGAAAUACCGAUAAAGAACAGUCGAGUAAAUAUAUUUGCAACACGUCGUGUCCCGGUGCAUUUAGAGGCCGAGGUAAAUCGUCAGGUUCAGGAAAUGUUAAAAGAAGGUAUAAUUGAGGAAGCGGACAGCCCAUAUAGCUCGCCGGUACUCUUGGUAAAGAAACCAAAUGGAAAGUAUAGAUUUUGUGUCGACUUCAGAGAAUUGAAUAAUAUAACAGACCUGAAGCCUUGUGCAAUGCCAACAGUGGUGGAAACAUUAGAUCGGCUACAGAAGGCCACGGUGUUUACAGUGCUGGAUUUACGGUCAGGUUAUUGGCAACUGCCUAUAAAAGAGAGUGAUCGGAGCAAGACAGCGUUUACUGUACGUGAUAAACAGUAUCAAUUUAAACGAAUGCCGUUCGGGUUGGCGGGUGCACCGUUCACGUUCAGAAGAUUAAUGACACUACUGCUCAAGAAUCUAGAUAAUGUCGAGGUAUGUGGCGACGAUGCAGUUGUGUACAGUCAAACAGAAACAGAUCACAUCAAGCAUGUGGAAGCGGUCUUAAAGCGAAUUGACGAAUUUGGACUUCGGAUUAAUAAGGACAAGUCGCAGAUAGCGAAAAGUAGCGUCACAUUGUUGGGACAUAAAGUGGGAAAUGGAGAAAUAAAACCAUUGCCGGAGAAAAUUCUUACCAUAAAAAAUAUUGCAGUACCUAAUUCGAAAAGGAAGUUGAGACAGUUCCUGGGAAGAGCGGCGUUCUACAGUCGGUUUGUCAAAAAUUUCAACGAAAUAGCAGCACCCUUAUAUAAGUUAUUGAGCAGCACCAAGUUUACGUGGACUGAGACUGCCGAACAAACGUUCAACCGAAUCAAAAACAUGCUAGACGAUCGCCAGAUGACGCUUAGACUGCCUGAACCGGGAAGACUGUUUACAGUGGCCACAGACGCGAGUGAUCAUGGUAUAGGUGCUGUGUUGAGUCAGGCUGAUAGAGUGGUGGAAUACGCGAGUUGCGUCCUCACACCUGCUGAACAGAAGUAUUCAACCAUCGAAAAGGAGUGUUUAGCGAUCGUGUGGGCAGUGGAUAAAUGGAGACCAUACCUUUUAGGUAGACGAUUUCACAUUGAGACCGACCAUAAACCCCUGCAGUGGUUGAAAACAGCAAGAGACCCCCGAGGGAAGUUGGCGCGAUGGAUGAUACGCCUGCAAGAAUACGAUUUCAGUAUCGGCCAUGUUCCAGGAAAAGAAAACGUAAUGGCAGAUUACUUGUCAAGACCAGACAUGGAAGCCGACCUGCCAUUAACAGCAUACGCGGUGAAUAGUUUAGAGGGAGACCCAUUAGAACUCGUCCGGCAGCAGAAAGCUGACCCUAACCUUCGAGAGGUAAUCAGAGUGAUAAAAGAGGGAGCAGACGUAGAUAAACGAACAAUGGACAAGGAGGUAAUAACGCUGCUUCGGCAAAAGGACCGACUGAGAGUGAACUCAUAUGGAGUGCUGACCUGGCAGGACGAUGAUGAGAAUUGGGUGGCGGUGAUCCCGAAAGACUGGCGGCGUAAAGUGAUACACGAGUGUCACCAGGUAGCACAUACAGGCAUCGCAAGAACGACGGACUUACUAAGACAAAGUGCAUACUGGCCGAGCAUGAGAGAAGAUGUGGCUGAAUACGUGUUAACCUGCCAGCAGUGUCAGCUAAUGAAAAGCGAUCGAUACACACAACCGCCAUUACAGUCAAUCCCAGUAACCGCAGUCGGUGAUCUAUGGUCGGUGGAUGUGAUGGGACCGUUUCCACAGACGGCGAGCGGUAACCAGUACCUGUUAGUGAUGACGGAACAUGCUACACGUUGGGUAGAUGCCGUACCCAUUGCAGACCAGCGGGCAAGGACAGUGACCGAGGUGGUAAUCCGGCAUAUUGUAGCGUGUCACGGAAUACCGAAGAUGAUAUUAACUGACCAGGGUCCCUGUUUUGAAAGUGACGAGUUUAAGGCCCGUUUAAAGCAGUUUGGCAUCAAGAGAAUACGAACUACACCGUAUCAUCCUCAGACAAACGGGCUUACAGAGAGAAACAAUCGGACGUUAAAGGAAUGGUUAGCAUCAAAAGGAGGAAAUUGGGAGAAAGAGUUACCAUUGAUUUUGCUGGCACAUCGUUCCUCCACACAAGGAACAACCAAGAAGUCACCUUUUUUGCUCAUGUAUGGCAGACAACCACGACUUCCAAUGCAUAAUAAGACUGCAUGAGCAAUGAAAUGCGAGACAAUGGAUUGAUGUUUGCAACAGCAACAGCCCGGUUUGAUAUG